AUGAGUAAAGUGCCGGUCGACGAAAAUGAGAAAUUGAAUCCAGAUCAAAUAAACUCGGGUAAACGUGAUGGUAUGUAAUUAGUUUUAAUUAAUAUUAUGUUCUAAAGACUAAAUGCGGAACAUAAUAUUCUAUUUCAGCUGAUAACAAAAGUACAAACACUAUAAUUACUGUGGACAACAACGAAGAACACGAAGACAACCAACAUACAUUUGUGUAAGGCUAUUGUCUAUUUAAACUGUAUAGUGUAAAGUAUAAACAUAAUAUGAAUUAUAGUAGGUAAGCUAUUAUCGUAUUUUAAUGUAAAUAUAUUUCUGCUCUCAGAUCAACAAACAGUAAUAAGAAGACGUACGUCGAAGGUGACAAAAAUUCCGAUCCGAAACUUUUAUGGACAGAUUUAUGCCCUCAAGUUUGUUUUAAUAAUUUCUAUUGAUAAUAAUAAUUAUUAGUUUAUUAUUGAUUCAACGGUGACGAAUACUGUUUUACAGAUAUUAUUUUGUUGUAUAGCAUUAUUUAUGGCUUGUCAACCAGGAAUCAAUUUAGCUUAUUCAAAUAAUCUUUUGCAUUAUAUGCCAUCGUUAAACAACGGUCAAUUUUCAUGGAUAAGUAAUUAUUACUACCUUUAAAAUAUAAUUUAAUUCGUUCUGAUAGAUAAUUAUUACUUAUCUUAUAGUUAUUAUUUUAUUAAUAAUUAUCAGAUCGAAAAGUAUGUCCUUAACAUUUAUUUGAAUUGACUCAUAUUUAAUAAAAUAUAUAUAUACAUAUAUACUCAUAUAAUAGUGUAAUACAUAAUAUGUAGUUAUAUCCUAAAAACGAGCAAUCAUACUGAUUAUUAAUUGCAUAGAUUAUAUCAAUGUUACUUAUUGUAAUUUAUGACAAUUAUAUAAACUAUAUUAUAUUAAUUUUAUUACCUAUACUAUACUAUCAUAUAGUAUGGUCAUAACUUACCUAUUGUAUUAUAACAUAACAUUUGAACAAAAAUUAUUUUCAGGUACCUAAUUUAGGCAUCUAUUAGUGAAAAUAAGGCAAAUUAAUAAUACUUUAUAACUAGUACCUAUAUUAUAAUAUUAAAAAUAAUUAUGUUAGAAUUUAUUACAUUUUAUUUUACCGUAAGCAAAAUGUUACAAAGUUGCAUUCAAACAAUUUAUUAUACAGACGUGUAAACUUUUCUUCUGAUGAUAAUAUUAUAAUUAUAGAAAUUAGAUAUUAUAAACAAGUUAUUAAAAAUUCGUUAAAAUUGCUGUUUAGUAAACGUUGGAAUUAUUAUUUAAAAUUUAACAGUGAAAUUUAAAUUUUGUUUUGUGAAAGCAAGUAUUCUAGCUUUGUUCACACCUGUCGGAGCUUUAUUUAUUGGUGUGAUAAUGGAUCGGAUCGGCCGGAAAAAGUCAUGUCUCCUAACUUGCAUACCUUUGUUGAUGUCGUGGAUAUUGGGAGCCCUCUCGAGUUCCGACAGUAUCUAUCUGUUCGUCGUGUCCAGAACGUUAGCUGGAAUCGGUGCAGGUAAUAAUAUAUAGAAAAACAAACGUGAGCAAGAGAACUCAUUAAAAUCGAAUUUUCCGCCACUUAUUUUGUGUAAUAGAAAUGUUCUUUGUUAAAUAAUAAAUAACCGAAUGUUAUAAUAAACCAAGACUUAUUAGAUUAUACUACUUUCAAAAAAAAAAAAAAAGAUAAAAUUUGAUCAUUGUACUAUAAGGGUGGGGGGGAGUUGAAAAUUGAAACCUCCAAAAGGCACAUAACCAUAGUACUAACGUCAUGCGUGUACACAAUUUCGUAUCAUCGAGUUCAUUUGAGGAUUCUAUAAGAUUGUAUAAAGCUAAAAAAUAACCUUCCACAUGCAGUAACAUGGUUAAAUUCAUGAAUUUAUAUUGAAAUUCAACUCAACUUGUGUCACUCUAAUCUGCCCACUAGAACAACUGUGAUUCCCGAGUUUAUUUGGUCCUGAGAGGGUCGCUAGAAAUGUAUAGUAAAAAUGGCGGAAAAAUUCGAUAAAACAGUACAACUAUUGCGUAACAAUCAUCAUGAUAAUAAUUUGUCCAAGAAACGCGUUUCAGGCAUGACUACUGUCGGCUUGGUGUAUGUGGCGGAAAUCAGUCAUUCUUCUUACAAACAGCUGUUUCUGGCCCUGAACAGCGUUUUCUUUUCCGGCGGCGUGUUGCUGUCCACGUCCAUAUUGCAGCUAAGUUGGAACGUCAUCAAUUUCGCGUUCAUCGGAUUCACCGUCAUCAACAUGGCGCUCAUUGUGCUGUUCAUGCCAGAAAGCCCGAUCUGGCUGCUCAAGUUUCAGAGCCCCGGGCACGUCACCAAGGCCAAAGCGGCCGUCAAACGAAUUUACUCUCAAAACCAUCAAGUAAAUUCGUUGUUACAAAUCAAACACUACACUGCACUAUUGUGAGAGUCAGAUUAGGUUUAGGCUAGGUCAAAUACCAGAACAUAAUAUGCCUACUGUCUUAUGUCUAUUUUCUUCUUUUACGUUAACCUAAUCAAAAUUUCCUUUUUAACUAUCAUAUUAAAGAGUUUAUACAUAUAAAACUGUAUAUUAUGUAUUAUAAAGUGCGAGACGCUUGCUCGAAACCAGCGCAUAUUAUUUUAUACGUCAUAUUUUUUCGGACGCACGUUUCCCGACCGCGACUGUCCGACUGCUCAGCGACAUCAUUACAACACCCGCAAUCGAUUCGCAGGUGUUCCAAGCCGAGUGGAGUCGUCUGAAAACGAUGUCGGCCGGCAACGAAGCUACCGCGAACGAUCACCGGCCGUCUUUCUUCACGUCCUUGCGGACCAGUCCUGCAGCGUACAAGCCGUUCGGCAUAAUGGUCAUGUUGAUAUUCCUGCAACAGGUCACCGGCGUAUACCCGGUCAUAUCGUACGCGUUAUUCAUACACAAAUCGAUCGUGCCUGACGCAUUCUCGGUGAGCGAGAUCCAAUUUGUGACCGUACUGGGCGCCGUCCGGUUCGCCGGCGCCCUAUUUGUGUGCCCGCUAUCCUUUUACGUCGGCCGGAAACCGCUGUUGACAGUGUCAUGCCUCGGGAUGACGUUGUCCGCCGUGCUUGUCGUGUUCGCCAACCGCAAGACGUCUCAGCCUGCCGACGACGCCGCAGUCGCCAUGUCUUCUAUAUGCUGCGUUUUGCUGUACGUGUUCAGCAGUUCGCUGGGCGUGCUCGCGUUCCCGUGGACGUUGACAUGCGAACUGCUGUCGACGUCCAUCAGAGCGGUCGGCGGAUGUAUACUAGUGUCCUACGCCUAUUUGCUGAUGUUCGUCGUCAUGAAAGUGUUUCCGUACAUUUGGGAGGCCAUCGGCGUCGACGGCGUUUUCGCCGUUUUCGGCAUCAUGUCCCUGGCGAUGGCCGUUUACGUGCACCUCGUCCUGCCGGAAACUCUUGGGAAAAGCUUCAAAGAAAUAGAGGAUUACUUCACCGCAGGGACGUCGAGUGAAAAAUAG